UCCAGCAGGUCCAGCAGUGAGGUGUUUACUAAAGACCAUCGCAGUCCAGCUGAAGAGAACACAUUUGUUUUGAGCUAUGACUGAAGCAGAGAUAUACAAGCUGUACAAGGGGGUCUAUUUGCCUUCCAGUUUGCAUCCUCCUGAGUGCCUGAAGUACUAUGAGGAGUUUGCUUUUUGCAAAGAUGACAUUCUCAUAGUCACAUAUCCUAAGUCAGGUACGAGUUGGAUGCAGGAGAUUGUUCCUUUGAUCGUGAGUGGAGGAGAUCCAGCCUCAGUUGAAACCCUUCCUACCUGGAAACGUAUUCCAUGUCUGGAAGCGCAAAAGCCCUCCAGCACUUUCCAUUUCAAAAGGCCAUCUCCACGGAUGUUUGCAACACACUUCCAGUACAACAUGAUGCCAUCAUCCUUCUUUGAAGUUAAACCAAAGGUCAUAUAUCUCAUGAGGAACCCCAAAGAUGUGUUUACGUCUUCCUUUCACUACCACAAGAUGGCGACAUACCUGGUGAAACCAGGCCCACAGAGCGAGUUCUUCCGCAAGUUCCUUGAUGGAAGAGUUAUAUAUGGAUCCUGGUUUGAUCAUGUAAAGGGCUGGUUGAAUGCUGAAGAUAAGGAGUGCAUCAUGUACAUCUCCUAUGAAGAGCUGAUAAUGGACCUGAAGGCCUCUGUGACCAGGAUCGCUCAGUUCCUGGAGAAGCCUCUGGACGCAGAGGUGAUAGAGAAGAUAGCAGACCAAUGUUUGUUCAAGAACAUGAAGAAAAACAAAUCGUCUAACUACUCGAUGAUUCCAGCUAAUUUGUUCGAUGAGACAAAGUCUAAGUUUCUCAGAAAAGGAAUUGCUGGAGAUUGGAAGAACCAGUUAACAGCAGCAGAAGCAGAGCACUUUGAUGCUGUGUACAAAGACAAAAUGAAAGAUGUCAAAUAUAAAUUUGUGUGGGAUUAAAUUAGCGUGUGGUUUCACAGUUGUAGGCUUCAAAAGAGAAGUUCAGAAACCCAAUAUACCCCACUCAUAUUAUAGUAUUUAAUCAUUAGUUAUUAAUCUCUCCUCCACAGUGUGUCUCUUGUCCUGUUUCUCCCUCCCUCACAGCAGAUGACCCCCCCUCCCUGAGCCUGGUUCUGCUGGAGGUUUCUUCCUGUUA